GACAGAGAAGAGGACAGAAAACUAACCCGUAACGCAAGUCGAGUUUCAUAACCAGUUUAGGGGUAAGAUUAGGAUCCCUCACAUCUGCCGUAUACACAAUGUCCCUUGGUGAGCACUCAACCUUAGCAUCACCGCCAUCCUGUGUUUCCGCCCUGGCACAACAAGAGCAUGUGCGCAUCCAGACCAGAAAAGGUCAAUGGUAUCCUAAGACCCCAAUGAAACCGCCUCUUGCCUUCUCAUGCGAGAGAAAGGACGAAGAACUCAACACUUGGUUGAGAACAGUCCCGGUUUGGGUGAAGGCCAAGAGGACCUUGCUGGAGGACGAAGUGGUUACUGUUGCAUCUUACCUCGAGGGUAAGGCAGCCAAGUGGCUAGAUGGUGUAGUUGUAAAGGCCGGGUACGGACGACGCAUGGCGGACUGGGCUAAGUCUCUUACGUUAGACCAGUUCAUGGAGAUGGUAGAAGCUCGAUGGCAUAAUCCACAGGAGGCACAAAAAGCCACUGAUGCGAUUAACAUACUAGACCAACGAAAGUUCAAGUCGGUCAGAGAGCUUACGACUACCGUUGAGAGCCCGAUCCUCGUUCCUAGCAUCAACUACAGUGACCAGUUCCUGUUGACUACGUUUGUUAGAUGUCUUCCAGAGAACAUCAGGAACUUGCUGGCCAGCGAGGCACGCAUCGAGUACCAUUCGUUUGAGACGUUGUCCAGGAAAACCUUAGAUUUGGAGGCCACUCUAGGCAAUGCUCAACCCUCUCAGAAUGACACGAAGAAGAAGAAGAGUCCUCAGGAGUGGAAGAAGAAGGGGGCUAAGUUGAUGAUGGUUGAGUCUGAUGGGACUCAAACGGAGAUCAACGAGCUCACUGACCUGAUGGACUAUUCAGAGUACGACGGCGAGGAGACCGCUGAGGGUAGCACCCUCGCCGCAGUUGUAAAGGCUAAGGCAGGUGGCCGAGGGAAGGGCCAACCAAAAAGUCAAGGGAAGGCCGCCUCCAAUCAGACCAAAAUGGUUGAUUGGGUCAAGGCAGGUCUUGAUCAAGACGUGUGGCGUGAAAGCCGAGUACGUGGCUCUUGUAUUAACUGCGGGGAAUACGGACACUCGCAGUACAAGUGCCAGAACGCAAAGAAAUUGGAUGACUUCCUCAAGUUGGUGGAAGACAGGUCGCAUGAUCCUCAGGAAGCCCAAAAGGCUACUGAUGCGAUCCUGACACUGCAUACUCGGCAGUUUAAGUCAGUAAGGGAGGCCACUGACGCUGUAGAGCGUCUGAUCUGUGUCCCUAGGGUGCGCUAUGACCCCCAGGUCUUACUCGCCUCCUACCUGAGAUGCUUUCCCAUGCCUCUCAAGAAUCAGUUACCAGGUGAGGCCAACAUCAAUAUGCACAACUUUCCCUUGUUUAGCAAGAAGGCCCUAGACCUCGAGGCAAAGAUAGGGCAUGGGCAGACACCCACGACGGAUGGUAGGAGAAAGUCAGUGCCUCCCAACUGGAAGGGGAAGGGUCGCGUUAUGUUUAUCGAUAACAAUGGUUCAACCAUCGAGUUAGAUGACAACUUCCAGGAGGGAGUAGGUUCAGAGCCUAGCAGCGUAGAGGCUUCAAGGGGUGGAGUAGUCAUUGUCGUAGCUAAAAAAGGAAAGGCGACCGGUAGACGCCGAGGAGGUGCCCGGUCAAGGAGUCAAGUUGACCCCAAUGCUCCCCCAUUGGAGAAAGCGGGUCUCACUGAGGACGUGUGGAGAGAUUGGUACACGCGACAGGCUUGUAUCCGUUGUGGCCAAUACGUCCACAACCAGUUCAAGUGUCGAAAUAAGAAGGUGACCGAAAAGAUCCCGCCUACGAUGGGGCAAGCGUUGGGAUCCUCCGCUUCCGUUGGUAGCAAUGUGGCCAGCAGUUAUGACACUGCUCCAGGAAACGCGUCGGGCCAGUAGGAAUGGUAGUUGUUCCUACUAGGGUCGAGGUGGUAGACACACCCUCACCAUCUCGAGAGAUGGCCCAAGCUACUGACUCCAUCGCCGUCCCGCAAACACAUUCU